CCAAGUCCUCUCUUCUCAAACUCUGAGCCCAAGGGUACCCCGGCCACAUCUCCUCCAAACACACAGAGGACUCCAGGUCCCUUCCUGAGUACCCCAAAGUCUUAGCCCUACUGGGGUGCUCAGAUCUCUCAGGAAAACCGGUUUCCCUUUUGUCAGCCCCCCAGCGGGGACGCCAAAGCAGCGCCUCGGAGCUGCAGGGAGCUUCAGCGGACACCAGUUCUCAUUCCUCUGGAGUUCUUGGGGGGGACCCCCUCCUGGGAACCCAGAUUCUAUCUCUAAGCCUCAGGGCGGGGGCCUUGCUUUUCCUCUGGGCCCCAUCCUCUUUGCCAAGUUCUUGAGGGCAACCUAGACCCUCCUCUGAACCCCAGAGGCUUCCCCAGCCCCGGGGAUCUUUUUUUUCUCUCUGAACCCCAGAAGCAAUCUCGACUUUCCCAUUUGAGGUUCCAGAGAGGACUCCCCUCUUUCAUACCCAGGGGAAACUGAGUCCCUCACCCCCUUUGAGACCCCAGGCCGCUCCUCGCUUCCGCCCCUCGAGGCCCCUCCUCGGCUCUGCCUCCUCCCUCUUCUCCACCCCACCGGCCAUAAGAUGAUGAUGUGGUCCAACUUCUUCCUGCAAGAGGAGAACCGGCGGCGGGGGGCCGCGGGCCGGCGGCGGGCGCACGGGCAGUGCAGGUCGGGGCUGACGCCUGAGCGCGAGGGGAAGGUGAAGCUGGCGCUGCUGCUGGCCGCCGUGGGCGCCACGCUGGCGGUGCUGUCCGUGGGCACCGAGUUCUGGGUGGAGCUCAACACCUACAAGGCCAACGGCAGCGCCGUGUGCGAAGCGGCCCACCUGGGGCUGUGGAAGGUGUGCACCAAGCGGCUGUGGCAGGCGGACGUGCCCGCGGACAGGGACACCUGCGGCCCCGCGGAGCUGCCCGGAGAAGCAAACUGCACCUAUUUUAAAUUCUUCACCACGGGGGAGAAUGCACGCAUCUUUCAGAGAACCACAAAGAAAGAGGUGAAUCUGGCAGCUGCGGUGAUAGCAGUGCUGGGCCUGGUAGUCAUGGCCUUGGGGUGCCUCUGUAUCAUCAUGGUGCUCACUAAAGGUGCAGAGUUCCUGCUCCGAGUUGGAGCCGUCUGCUUUGGCCUCUCAGGCCUGCUGCUCUUGGUGAGCCUGGAGGUGUUCCGGCAUUCCGUGAGGGCCCUGCUGCAGGGAGUCAGCCCGGAGCCUCCUCCGGCCCCACGCCUCACCUACGAGUACUCCUGGUCCCUGGGCUGCGGCGUGGGGGCCGGCCUGAUCCUGCUGUUGGGGGCCGGCUGCUUUCUGCUGCUCACACUGCCUUCCUGGCCCUGGGGGUCCCUCUGUCCCAAGCGAGGGCACCGGGCCACCUAGAGCCACGCCUGAGACUUCUCUAAGCAACCACCAAGCCCUUUGACCUUCUCCAUUGUACCCCCAAGAUCUUUUUGCUCCAUCUCCUUAGGAAACUGUGUUCUCCGUGCUCGGGGGCCCAUGUUUUUUUACACGCCUGCCUCCUGUCCCCUUAUCCUUUCUCUGUAAAUACGCUUCUCUCGGUGGCUGUAUGUGAUUUGCUUGGGGUUGGGACGGGAAGAGGUUCUUUGCAAACGAGGGUCCCCAGGGAAGACUGGCGGGGACCUGAUGGGGUAGCUGGGGUGUGGGGCGGGGGGAUGAGGUCAGGGGUCUUGGAUGGGAGUUGGGGGCCCCUUCAUUUCCCAGGUGUGGAUCGAUUCACUUGCCGGGAGAGACUUUUUACAACUCAUCUGCAGCUCAGGGUGGGGGUGGGGGGAGAUAGGGAAGGGUCUGACCUGGCUGUGAUCUGAUUUGGGAUUAAAGGUUUGGAAAUUUAA